AAGCCUCCUAACCCUGAAUCCAAUACUAAGAUUUCUUUCUGGGAGAGCGAGACCUCAAACCUUGACAGACCUCACGAUGAUGCGUUGAUCGUCACCUUGAACAUCGCAGGAUACGAGGUUCCUAAGCUCAUGAUAGACACAGGAAGCUCUGUCGACCUCAUUUUCUAUAACACCCUAAAAGGGAUGGAAAUAGACGACUACGAAAUUAUUGGCCAAAAAGCUAACCUCGUAGGCUUCUCCGGAGAAACAGCUACCUCAUUGGGAACUAUCAAGCUCCCAGUCAUAGCUGGCGGAAUAAUGAAAAUGACCAACUUAGUAGUCAUCGAUAGACCUUCCCCGUUCCACGCGAUUUUGGGAAGACCUUGGAUCCACAAAAUGAAGGCAGUAGCCUCAACGUACCAUCAGUGCGUAAAAUUCCCAACACCCGAAGGGAUAGCUACCAUACAUGGUAGCCAGAAGAUAUCCAGGAUCUGCUAUUUGGGAGGAUUCGAAAUCCUCAAAAAGUCCCCCCAAUAGCAAUUACAGAUCCAGGAGGGUCGCGAAAUGCAACAAAAUAUUCGAGGUCCCCCCAGGAACUUAACCGAAAAAGUUUGCAUCGACGACUCAGAUCCUGAAAGACAGGUGAGCAUCGGGUCCGAGCUACCUCUUGAGACAAAAAAGGAGCUCAUCGAUUUUUUGAAAAGCAAUGUCAAAACCUUUGCAUGGUCCACCAACGACAUGAAAGGAAUAGAUCCGAACGUCACCACCCAUAAGCUAAAAGUUGACCCUACUUUCAAACCGAUCAAACAGAAGCGUCGUAAGCUAGGUCUCGAAAAGGCUCAAGCUGUUAACGACGAAGUUGACCGACUUACGAAAGCUGGGUCCAUUCGAGAGGUACAUUACCCCGACUGGUUAGCUAACCCAGUAGUGGUAAAGAAGAAAAACGGGAAGUGGAGAAUCUGUGUAGAUUUCACAGACCUAAACAAAGCUUGCCCUAAAGACAGCUUCCCGUUACCUCACAUCGACCGCCUAGUUGAAGCAACAGCUGGCCAUCGACUCCUAUCCUUCAUGGAUGCCUUCUCAGGGUAUAACCAAAUCAUGAUGGAUCCUGAGGACCAGGAGAAAACUGCAUUCAUAACCGAACGAGGAACCUACUGUUAUAAGGUUAUGCCAUUCGGAUUAAAGAACGCAGGAGCUACCUAUCAGAGGCUAGUAAAUAAGAUGUUUGCUGGACAACUUGGAAAAACCAUGGAGGUCUAUAUCGACGACAUGCUAGUCAAAUCCUCAGCUGGGGAAGAUCAUAUCUCCCAUUUAAGGGAAUGCUUCGAUAUCCUGAACAAGUACGAUAUGAAGCUCAAUCCCACUAAAUGUACUUUCGGGGUACCCUCAGGCGAGUUCCUAGGCUAUCUCGUAACCGAAAGAGGCAUUGAAGCCAACCCGCAGCAGAUAGCAACCUUCCUAGAAAUGCCGUCACCUAAGACGACCAGGGAGGUGCAGAGACUGACUGGACGAAUCGCGGCGUUGAAUCGAUUCAUAUCCAAGUCUACCGAUAAAUGUCUCCCAUUUUACAAGCUCCUAAGAAAUAAUAAGAAGUUCUUAUGGGACGAGAAAUGUGAGGAAGCCUUCAAGCAAUUGAAAGCUUACCUCUCCGAACCUCCGAUCCUAUCUAAACCAGUAGAAGGAGAGCCAUUGUACCUAUAUCUCGCUGUAUCAACUGCUGCAGUCAGCGGCGUUCUAGUACGAGAAGAACAAAACGAACAAAGACCUGUCUAUUACACCAGUAAAAGUUUGAUAGAUGCCGAAACCAGGUACCCUGCGAUGGAAAAACUAGCUCUAGCAGUCGUAACAGCUGCCAGAAAAUUGCGACCUUACUUCCAAUCGCAUUCGAUCGUUGUAAUGACCUCACAACCAUUACGAAUGAUCUUGCACAGCCCCAGCCAGUCAGGGCGAUUGGCUAAAUGGGCCAUAGAGCUCAGCGAAUAUGAUAUUGAGUAUAGACCUCGAGCAGCAGCGAAAGCCCAGGUCCUUGCUGACUUUAUCAUUGAGCUAACAUCCGAACAGUUAGACUCCGAAAUGGAAUCUCUGAAGUGGAGCCUUUAUGUCGACGGAGCCUCAUCAAAACAGGGCUCCGGUAUCGGCCUAAGGUUAACUUCUUCAGCAGGAGAAACCAUCGAGCAGUCAUAUAGGCUCGGAUUCAACGCCUCAAACAACGAAGCUGAAUAUGAAGCACUAAUCGCAGGGUUGAAGCUCGCCCUAAGCCUCGGAAUCCGAGAGCUAAACGCUUAUAGUGAUUCACAGCUAGUAGCUAGCCAGUUUCACGGAGAAUAUGAAACGAGGGACGAAAGAAUGGGGGCAUAUCUCGAAGUCGUCCAGAACCUCACUAGGCAGUUCGACAAAUUCGAGCUAACGAGAAUCCCACGAGGAGAGAACUCCUCAGCAGAUGCGUUGGCUGCUUUAGCUUCCACGUCAGACCCUCUCGUAAAACGAAUCAUACCCGUAGAAGGAAUCGAGAAACCAAGCAUCGACAUAGCUACUAAAGCUGAGAAAGAGAGCAAGUUAACAGCGCAACUCGAAGGUACCUGCCCUGAAACGGUAGCUACCCAGGUUUUCACAACAUUUUGGUUUCCAAAAACCAGAAUAUGCAGCCCAAAAAAGCAUACCUCCGGGAACACGAUCCAAAUCACGGAAGAUAUUCCUCGAAAUUCAGACUCCUUAGAGCCUGAUCUCGAGAAUACCCCCGGGGGCACCAACUCAGACCCAAUCAUCUGCAGAGUUAAGACCAGAAGCCGUACAGCUCUCAAAAAUUCAUCUGGAGGUAUUCCUCGGAAUUCAGACUCCCUGGAGCCCAAUCCUACCAAUACCUCCGGGGGCACCACGACACCAGGUCCCGAACAGGAACCUCCCUCGUCUCUCCAUAACAAAGUCGUAGGAAGGGAGGAUUGGAGAAUUCCAAUCACGCAAUACAUCCUGGAGGGAAAGACUCCACCCAAUAAAUGGGAGGCUCGAAAGCUCAAAGCAUUAAGCGCAAGAUAUUGCGUAACCGAAUCUGUCCUCCUCAAACGAAGCAUUUCCGGACCUUACCUAAAAUGCGUCCAUGGCUCCGUUGCUAUGAGACUCAUGAAGGAAAUGCACGACGGUUCCUGCGGGAACCACUCUGGAGGAAGAGCUCUAGCCAUCAGAAUCAAAAGACAAGGAUAUUUCUGGCCUACCAUUAUUGCAGAUUGCGAGGCCUAUUCCUCCUCAUGCGACAAAUGCCAGAGGCAUGCACCGAUUAUACACCAACCUGCGGAGAAGCUGUCUAACAUAUCCGCCCCUUACCCAUUUAUGAGAUGGUCCAUGGAUAUCGUGGGACCACUAGUACCAUCAGGAAGUGGAAAGAAGAAGCUACGCUUCCUCUUAGUCUUAACGGACUACUUCACGAAAUGGAUAGAGGCCGAAGCUUUCCAGCAGGUAACCAGGUUCGAGGUCGAGCAAUUUGUAUGGAAAGAUAUCGUGUGUAGACACGGCGUCCCGUACGAAAUCGUAACUGAUAAUGGAGGACAAUUCAUAUCCCACGAUUUCAAAAUAUUUUGUGACAAGUGGAAUAUCCGCCUGACCUUCUCAUCACCUCGCCGACCUCAAGGUAACGGACAGGCGGAGGCUGCUAAUAAAUCAGUAUUAGCAAACCUCAAGAAACGCCUCGGAACCCAGAAGGAAUUCUGGUCAGAGAAGUUACUUGAAGUACUUUGGGCAUGUCGGACCACCCCACGAAAAGCUACAGAAGAAACUCCUUUCUCCUUAGCAUAUGGGAUGGAAGCCGUCGUUCCAGCCGAAACCAUUGCUGGUAGCCUACGCCGGGAACUCUGUACAUCCAAUCCCGCAGCUAAUGAUCAACUCCUAACUGACAGCCUCGAUCUAAUCGAGGAAAGGCGGGACCGAGCUUUGAUUCGCAUUCAGAACUAUCAGCAAGCAAUGGCACGACAGUACAAUUCCAAAGUCAGGCUCCGACAGUUCGCUGUUGGUGACCUAGUACUUAGGAAAGUUUUCGAAGGAACCAAAGAACCAAAUGCUGGGAAGUUAGGAACCAACUGGGAAGGUCCCUACCAGAUCAUCCACGUGGUACGACCUGGCGUCUACAAACUCCGAAAGGUGCGAACUGGGGUACCUGAAAUCAGAUCGUGGAAUGCCACGAAUCUUAAGAGAUAUUAUCAUUAGGUACCUAAAACUCCUGAACUACGUUAGGCUUGAUCCCUUGACUGGGUACGUAGGCAACUCCGUCAUGAGUGCAGCCCCAACCUCAUUUCAACACUUCGUUCACUACAAUCAAAGGGGG